CAAAAGUUAAAACUUAAAUUAACAAAAAAGCUGCUUUAAACUGAAGCGUUAACAGACAUCUGGUGGUAAUGCGGAUCAAAACCGAUUACUGUUACUGGACCGACUCCGGGCAGACACGGAACUGUAGUCUGAGGAGUGCUGGGCCCCGAUUGUUGGUGCUGAUGCUGAUCGCAGCUCAUAAUCUACAUGUCAGCUGUGUAAAAGAGCCUUUUGACCUUGAUUUUGGACCAGACGCAGGGGAUCAAUUCACUUGGAAAGGAGAUGGUACGAGAUCUGAGCCAAUUUAUAUUAAUGGACCACUGAUGUGGGGUCAAGCAGAGGUCGCCUACUUCAAAACUGAAUCGGACAUUGAGUUAUUUCUGUACGACCAAAGCGGCAACCAAAUCGGCGAAAUUGAAGUAGCUUAUUUCGAUGGAAAAACUCAGGACAAUCUGCUUGAUAAAAUGUGCCUCCAAUAUGAUGACUACUAUGCGAAUAUUGAAAGUAUCUGUGACUAUAUGCUGGAUCCAAACAAUCCUGCUGAGGACUACGUUAGAGGUUUCGUUAGGAGUACCGAUUCUGCACUAAGAAGUGUUGUCUAUAAAAUAGAGCUUCUGUACGAAUGGAAUGACUUGAGUUUCUCGAAGAGCAGUCUGGGCGUCUACUUUGACGAUCUCUUGACUCAGGUGCUGACUGGACCCGAUACCAAAUACGUCAAUUUGGCGAACAAUGUGUAUGUGCGCAACCUCACUAGAUCCAAAGACUUGGAAGUUGUCAACAAUCGGAUCGGAGGAGACUUCAAAGCGGAUUUUGGCUUCGUAGUCACAUGGUACAAGAUCAUGGACGAUGACGCAGAAACCAUGUUUUUCUCCAAUGUACAGCUUGUCGUUGCAUGUGACCAGAAGAACACUACAGAUGUCCAGGACAACGAGUGCUACUCCAUGGCCGAAUAUGAUCAACUUAACCCAUGGGAGGAGGAAAUGGACGGGUUCUUCUACUUCAGUAGUUACAUGGAGCCAUUUGAUUAUGAUUAUGGCUAUUUUCGGAUGCCAUUUGAUCAUAGACCCUCAUUUAACUCGAACGACGAUAAAAGCAACGUGGGAAUUCCUGGACUGUGGAUUUACGAAAUUAGCCAACUUCCAGACAUCCCUUAUAUUCGGAUGCCAAAAAGAAAGGUUAAAUUUUGUGGUAAGUCUUAUGCGAAGCCAUCAAGCGUGGCUGUUUUCGCGGCAAGUGCAAAACAAAUAUCUAUCGAAUGUCCCGGAUUGGUGGCUAAAGAUCAAAAUUGGGGUGGCAGGACCUAUGAAGAGAACCUUCAAGUCAAGCUGAUAGGCUCGUCAUUCAACAAGACGAUUGACAACUCCGACAUCGAUUUUGACAUUUACUCUGCCAAACUGACUUUUGAUGCUCCCGAGUUCUGGGGUGUGAAUGAAGUGGUGGGAAUGAGUGUGACUGCUGAAGAUCUGGAGCAGAAGAUUGAAGCUACUCUUUCCUUCACUCAAGACCAACAUGCCAGACCUCUAGAAGUCAGCACGGUAGAAGGAAGUGGGAUCCUCCAGGUGUCAUGGCCAGAAGCCACCAUCAACGAAACAAUUAACCUGCUCUAUACCGAGUACGCAUAUAACGGGACACAAGCCGGGUAUGAAAAAGUGGACGAGGGUAUUUUGCCAUUGUUAGUGGACGAUAUCUCUAUCAACUACACUUUUGGAGAGAACUCUCUAGUGCGCUUCGAACUCAACUCUUUUCAAGGAACAUUUGUCAGUGUGAUUCCGAAGAAAGGCGAGACAAAUUGUGUAGACUGGAUUCAUGAUCAACUGGACUGGGAUCUUACUCAGUGUUCUCUGGCGCUGGAGGAGGCGUUUGCAUGUCCUGCAAAUUACAGAAAAAACUCAGGCCAGGAAUUGGACUCCUUUUGGGCUCACGAGGAGGUCAACCAUGGUCCGAGUGGUUGGAUCUAUGACCCAUGUUGUAACCAAAACUAUUCAACUCUCCCUUCAAACACCGCUACUGGCGCAAUCUGCAACAGCUCCAACUGUGAUUAUAACCCAGGCGCCCACUUCUGCAUUCGUUCCCCUUCAACUACUUGUUGGGAUGAGAAAACCGGACAAACUCUGUACGUUUCGAACCAAUGCUGUUACGACGAGGAAGGUCAAUUGAUGAGUGACCCUUUCGGGGAGCGGGAAGAAUGAGUUUGACCAAAGCUACUUCUUUUAAUUUGCACCACUUUUUCAAAAAUGAGCUGGAACCCUUCGACGCGUGCUGUGAGAAUAGCAAUCGUUGCGAUUUGUUCCAUCUCAACAGACCCACCG